AUGGUAGUUACAUUGGUAGCCAAUGUUAUGGCAGCAAACAUUAUCAAGCCUAAUGAUCCUGUAUUUCCUAACGUGCCACAACAUAUUCUCAAUUCAGAUAGAUAUUGGCCACAUUUUAAGGAUUGCAUUUGUGUGAUUGAUGGGGUUCACGUCCCCGUGGUCUUACCAGUUGAUGAGCAACACCUAUACAGAGGAAGGAAAGUGAUCACAACAACAAAUUGCAUGUGCGCAUGUGAUUUUGACAUGAAAUUCACAUUUGCAUGUGUUGGAUGGGAAAGGUCAGCGUAUGACAUAGGAAUCUUUUUAAGUUGCCUCAAUAAUGAGAGUGCCAACAUCCUAAAACUUCCACCUGGAAAAUUUUAUCUUGUUGAUUCAGGGUACCCUAUGAAGAGAGGGUUCCUUGCACCAUAUAAGGAGGAGAGGUACCACCUGCCCGAUUUUCAGCAAGGUCGACUACCACAACAUCCAGAGGAGAAAUUUAAUUAUCUCCAUUUAUCACUUCGUUUUAUCAUAGAACGAACUUUUGGAGUUUUGAAGAAUAGAUGGAAAAUUUUGAGAAGUAUGCCAGCCUUUCAUAUACACACUCAAGAAUGCAUUAUUGUUGCUACAAUGGUUCUUCACAAUUUUAUUAAAGCACAUGAAAACAGUAACCUUGGACAUGGGAUUUUUGCAUGGGGCAUAUGUGGAAGUAGCGAGGGAGGUCAUUACGAUGAAAUGGCACAUGUGAUCUCUUCCUUGGAUGAACUUGAGUUGAAAGUGGUUCGGAACAAUAUCACAGCUUCGAUAUGUGGGAUGCCUUCAUCGUAG